GUAGAUUGUGGAUUUUUUGUCUUUGGUGGUGCAUACAUAUCUGUUUUACACACUGCCUGCAUCUAUCAUGACGAUCGAAGUAGAAAAGAUCUCGAAGAAAAAAAUGAAGCGGCAGCGAGCGGCAGAGCAGGAGGAGGCGCCUGUCGGGAAAGUAGAAACUACCGCAUGUAACGAAAACAACACAGCUGAACUUCUUGCUCCCGCCAAGAAGAAAAAGAAGAAGAGCAAAAAAACAGAAAGUACAGCAGAAGCAGAUGAACUUCCGUUCUGCUCCGCUCCGAGCCCAAGCUCGGAAGACACCACGACUACUUCGCCGGCGGACGGCGCGGAGGCGGAGAGCAGCCUGAAUACAGUGAAAGAAUCUACUUCCGAGGACAAGCCGGAAAAGAAGAAAAAAAAGAAGAAAAGCAAGGGCGAAAAAGAAAAUAAUGCGGAGGUCGAAGUUGCUAUAAGCCAUCAAGCAGUGGCUACUACGAGUUGCGCAAAUAAAAUCGACCCGGCUACUCUGGAAAAAGCAAAACAAUUCCGGGCGAAACACCAAAUCCGCGUGACCAAGUUUCAACUCUUCGCUACGGAACAGCAAGAGAAGAAACCAUCAGCGGAACAACAACCGGCUCAAUUGAUCGAGGCUUUCCCCCCCUCCGAGCACUUCGAAGAGUCGCUUUUCGGGCCGGAAGUCCACAAGGAGUUGCUUGCCGGCGGGUUCACCACUCCCACGCCCAUUCAAGCUCAGGUUUGGCCGAUCGCGAAAGAGGGGCACGAUUUGGUCGCCGUGGCAAAGAUAUGAAAUGUAAAAAUGUCUGGGUCUGGAAGAAUGCAGCUUUGUCAUGCUUGUCCGGCAUGACUCUUAAAUCUGUCAUGCACGUUACUCAAGAGCCCCACUUUUCUGUCAUGCAAAAACGCAGUUUGUCAUGCAGAAUAGGCAUCAUAUAGAAGCUCAGAAACUUGUCAUGUUGAGCCAGCACCUGUGGCCUCCUUAUGAUACGCCACCCAGCAUCACAAGUUUCCAGACCCAGACAUUUUUACACUUGAUAGAAGACGGGUUCGGGAAAAACGCUGGCGUUUCUGUUACCCUGUUUUGAGAAAAUUUUGCAGUCAUCUUCGAAAACUGACUCUUCUAUCGGAAAUGGUCCGAAGCUGCUCGUCCUGGCGCCAACGCGGGAGUUGGCAACGCAGAUCGACAAGGACGCGAGGCGGUUUUUGGGGAAGUUUGCGACUGGAACUAAGGCUACCGAAGAUCGUACUAGAAGUGCAACUGCGUGCUGUUUGAUCUACGGCGGCGUGCCGAAGUUUCCGCAGCAGAAACAGCUGAAGGAGAGCAAGAAUCUUUUGGUUUUAACCGCGACCCCGGGCCGACUGUGUGACCACAUGAAGGAUGGUAGUGUGAAAUUAAGCAGUGUUGCCUGUCUGGCCAUCGACGAGGCGGAUCGGAUGUUGGAGAUGGGAUUCGAGCCCCAGAUGAAGGAGAUUGUGAAGGAAUUACCGAAAUCCUCCGACCGCCAGACCCUGCUUUUCUCCGCAACCUGGCCAAAGGCAAUGAAAAAACUUCUGUUGCAAAACGACUACCUGGUGAGGGAGGAGGAAAAACAAAAUGUUGAAGGAAGUUGUUCAUCAGUUAAGAAAGUCACCUACCAGAUCAACGUGGGCGAAACCGACGACUUAGCCGCGAACAAAGCGGUAAAACAGGAGUUUUACGAGCUGUCUGACGAUGUAAAGGACGGGAAGUUGUGGAAGCUGCUGGAUCAGUUGAAGGACUCCGACAAGACCAUCGUUUUUGCCAACACGAAACGCAGGGUCCAGAAGCUUUCGCAGGACGUCUGGGCGAGCGGAUACCAGUGCAGUGUGCUAUGCAUUGCAGAAGUAUCGUACUAGUAUAAAUCGCAAUACAAAUUGGCUCAGCAUUACAAAUCAAAUUUGCAAUGCGGAUUGACCUUAGAAGCAAGUAGAUUUGUGAUGCAUAAUUGCGAUUACUACGAGUACGGUACUUUUGCACAGGAUAUGUGCUGUCCGGCGACCAGACGCAGCAGGACCGGGAUAAGUCCCUGAAAGAAUUCAAGGAAAACAAAACAAAACUCUUAUUCGGGACGGAUGUCUGCGCCCGCGGCUUGGACAUCAAGGACGUCACGCACGUCAUUAACUACGACAUGGCCCGAGAUGUCGAGUCCUACAUCCACCGGAUCGGCCGGACGGGGAGGGCGGGGAAUAAUGGAACUUCUAUUACCUUUGUCAACUCCGAUUACGAUAUGCAGUGCUCGCCGGCUUUGGUCAAGAUCGCGAAAGAAGCCGGCCAGGAGGUGCCAGAGUGGCUCGAGAAAUUGGCCAAAAAGAGCGCGACCAGUGGGAAAAAAGUCGACAAAUUGUGGAAGUAUUAGAAACAACCACUACUUCAUGGCGAAGUGGGAGCGGUCGACGGGAUGUUUGCAUGAAGAUGUUGAAGACAUUAUGCCUCAACUCGAUUGCAAAGUAUUGCAACUCUACACGUUGAGAAAUGAUGAACGAAAAUUCUGAUAGGAUAGAGACAUGAUGAACGCGCCUGCAGCUUACCGUCUCGGGACUUUCCAAAUCAAGUGUCUUCGCGUAUAUACAUCUACUGCACCAGGGGAAAAAUGAUA